CCCCCGUCAUUCGUUCCCGCACGAGAGUCCGCGCGGCCGCGACACACUAUCGUCGCAACGCACCCUUUCGUCGCGCAUCCACGCGACGGCAUUGCCGUCUGUUGAAGUAGCGCGCGCGAGAGAGAGAGGGGGAGAGAGAGAAAGCUCGCUGAGGGCAGGCUUCCAAACAGGACGGGAUUGCGAAAGAAAAAAAGGAAGAAAAAAAAAAUAAAAAUAAAUAAACGCGAAUGGUAAAUUCGCGAAAGCUCUCUCUCUCCCCUCGACGCGCGCCUCGAGAGACACUCGCGACGAGUUCGUCGGUCACGGCGCGUCAAGAUCGACGAGAUCGCUCCUUCUCCUUCCGCGUGUUCGACCGACCGCCGAGGGGCUCCAACGAAACGCGAACCUGAACGUGCCCCGACAAUUCGUGCUCCCCCUCGUGUCCCGUCCAGCUCGGCGUUUUCCCAGGCCAUCUUUCUCCGCAGUCCUCGCGGAGUACGCUUGAACUUUCACGGUGUGUCGUAAAGGUUAUGCCGAAAGGUGCUCCCCUCGUCUGACGCUCGUCCCCCCGUCGCGCGUCACGGUAUCCGUUUUAGCGUCGCCCGACCGCUCGACCUCUCCGUCCUCCUCGGCUAACGCGCAGAACGUUUUUUUUUUCUCUAUAUGCAGAUGUCAAGCGAGAAUGACAGCGAGAUGGAUUGCUCGGACUCCGACUGCGGGGAUCCGGGCUACGAGGAUUAUUACAAAAUCCAGCCGUGGGGCGGCGACGUGGACAACGACGUGGACCCGGAGCAGAACAGGAAGGACCCCGAGUACGCGGUGUACGACUGCCUGCGCGUCGAGGAGGUGGAGCGGCUGCUGAACGAGAGCGUGGAGGUGUUAAGUAACAGCCUUCACGUCACGCCAUCCCUGGCCAAGGUGUUGCUGCACGCGCACAACUGGGCGUCACAGGACAUCGUCACGAAGUACCGUACCAAUGCUUCCAGUUUACUGAUUAACUCAAAGAUCAAGCCUACCCCGGAGCAAGUGCCAGGAGCGAAGAGCCAGCGGGGCGGCGUGUGCUUGGUCUGCGUUACGAUCUGCCCCGCGGACAGAUUUUCUACACUCACAUGCGGACACUCGUUUUGCAAAGACUGUUGGUGUAUGCAUUUUGAAGUACAAAUAACUCAAGGUAUCUCUACCGGUAUAAGCUGCAUGGCACAAGAAUGCGAUGUCCUAGCUCCAGAGGACUUUGUCCUUUCCCUACUUACUAAGCCUAACAUGAGAGAAAGGUAUCAGCAGUUCGCCUUCUGUGAUUACGUCAAGUCUCAUCCACAACUACGAUUUUGUCCUGGUCCAAAUUGCCAAAUAGUUUUGCGCUCGAAGGAACAGCGAGCAAAGAGAGUCAUGUGUUCAUCAUGUAAAACUAUAUUCUGCUUCCGAUGUGGUAUGGAUUAUCAUGCACCUACCGAUUGCGGUACAAUUAGAAAAUGGUUGACGAAAUGCGCGGAUGAUUCCGAGACGGCGAAUUACAUUAGUGCUCAUACCAAAGAUUGUCCAAAAUGUCAUAUCUGCAUAGAGAAGAACGGUGGCUGCAACCAUAUGCAAUGUUACAAUUGUAAACACGACUUCUGCUGGAUGUGCCUUGGGGAUUGGAAAGCACACGGUAGCGAGUAUUACGAAUGCUCGCGUUACAAAGAGAACCCGAACAUCGCGCACGAGAGCGUUCACGCGCAAGCGAGAGAAGCUCUCAAGAAGUACCUACACUAUUACGAGCGAUGGGAGAAUCACAGCAAGUCGUUGAAGUUGGAGGAGCAAACGUUAGAGGGGAUUAAGAUGAGAAUUAACAACAAGGUGAUGAACGCAAGCGGUACGUGGAUAGACUGGCAACAUCUGUUCGAGGCGGCGUCGCUCCUAGCGCGUUGCCGCUACACCUUGCAGUACACGUAUCCGUACGCCUAUUACAUGGAAUCUGGCCCGCGCAAAGAGCUGUUCGAGUAUCAACAAGCUCAAUUGGAGGCGGAAAUCGAGAAUCUCUCGUGGAAGAUCGAACGAGCGGAAACAACGGAUCGGGGGGAUCUAGAGAAUCAAAUGGACAUUGCGGAGAAGCGUCGUGUUACUUUACUAAAGGAUUUCUUCGAGGUAUAAUUAAUCGAAUGCUAACUUCUCUCAGUCGCAGCGCAUCUGGAAUCCGAUCUAAAAUCGGAUCACAAUUGUAGUUUAUUUUUCAAAUAUCGUCUAUCUGCAAUUUGCAAAGUAUAUAUAUAUAUAUUUAUAUAUAUAA